ACUCGCAACUGCACUGCACAGCAACGGACCACCUGGUUGAUCCGGUCGCCGCCGCGGCCGCACCCCGUCGCCUUCGGUCUUCGGGGAACCUUCCCUCCUCCCCGGCGUGCAGGUGCAGCCCCCUCCUCCUGCCCUUGGCCUUUUACCCAACCGCCCCCUCCCUUUUCUCUCACCUGUCUUUCCCCCACCAAGCAAAGCAGCCAAAGCUCAGGCUUUUACCGCCGCCGCCGCCGCGGAGGGAGCCAUGUCCGCCACGCCGGAGGAGUUCCUGGGCCAGGGGGCCUACCUCGCCGCCCCCGAGCCCUUCUCUCCCUCCGUCUUCCUCGACCUGCCCCCGACGCCACGCCCCGACGCCGACGACCCGGCCUCCUCCGACGACCUCGUCCUCCCCUUCAUCUCCAGGAUGCUCAUGGAGGAGGACAUCGACGACAAGUUCUUCUACGAGUUCCCGGACCACCCCGCGCUCCUCAACGCCCAGCAGCCCUACGCACAGAUCCUCCUCUCCGACGAAUCCGCGACCAACUCCUCCUCCAACUCCAGCUCCGGCGGGACCGCCGCCAACUCCACCCUCUCGCCCUCCUCCUCCUCCGACGCCCCCGCAUCCGCCGAGCCGGCCUGGCCCUACGACCCAAUCGAGCUCUCCCAGCUGCUACGCUCCCCGCCCUACUCCGACACGGUGCUGGGCCUCCAUGACUUCACCGCCGACGAUGUCGACGCCCUCCUGUUGCAGGGCCAAGGUGAGGCCACCGCCGGGUUUCACCAGACUCCGCCCUUCUUGGAUACUGGUGGAGGCGGCGCCGGCGGAGGCGAACGGCAGGGCGCGGUUUCCAUCGCUGCCCAGAACGCCGCCGGUGACGAAUCCCCUUCCUUGGCCGCCCAGAACGCCGCGGGCAUCGAGAGUUCGGCUGCGGAUGAGCAGGACACCAAGACGACAAACGCCACCACCUUGCCCGCUGCCGACGGUGACCCCGCCGCGCUUGCCUCGGCCUUCUUCAGCGGCCAGAGCGGGGAAAGCAUGGACAUGCUCAACAUGGCAUUCCUCAAAGGCAUGGAGGAGGCCAAGAAGUUCCUGCCCACCAACAACAGCCUCCUCAUCGACCUUGAGGACACAUCCGGGCAAUCCUUGCCUAGAGACGGCAAGCCGGCCACUGGCUUUGCUGCCGCCCAAGUGAAGGAGGAGGCGGUGGCGGAUGGGAUGUUACUGUUUGGAGGAAGCAAUACUGGCAGGGGGCGCAAGAACUGCCACACCGAUGAGGACUUAGAGGCAGAAACAGGCAGAAAUAGCAAGCUCAUGAUGCCAGAACAGGAGGAAACUGGUGCCAGUGAGCUAUUCGACGAAUUAAUGUCCUGCAACUUUGACGGAUUCCUGAAGCGCAUGAACGACCUGCGCAUUGCCAUGGAUAGCGAGUCUGAAAAGAGCGCCAGGAGGGUGAGCGGCAAGGGGGCACGGGGGAGGCAGCGUGCCAACGAGGUUGUUGACCUGCGCACCAUGCUCAUCCAUUGUGCGCAGUCGGUCGCCACUGGUGAUCGACGAAGUGCGAUGGAGCUGCUGAGGCAGAUCAAGCAGCACUCCUCACCGAGAGGGGAUGCCACACAGCGGAUGGCCCAUUGUUUUGCAGAAGGACUGGAGGCACGACUUGCAGGAACAGGGAGCCAGGUGUACCAGUCCCUCAUGGCAAAACGCACCUCGGUUGUGGAGUUCCUUAAGGCAUACAAGCUGUUUAUGGCAGCCAGCAGCCUCAAGAAGGUGCAUAUCAUGUUCUCCAACCAGACCAUCUUGGAUGCAGUGGCCGGGAGAAGCAAGUUGCACAUUGUGGUAUAUGGUGUCCAUUAUGGUUUGCAGUGGCCAGGGUUGCUACAUUUCCUGUCCCGUAGAGAAGGUGGACCGCCAGAGGUAAGGUUCACCGGCAUUGACCUCCCACAGCCUGGGUUCCGCCCAGCCUACCAGAUUGAGGAAACAGGCCGCCGGCUCAGCAACUGUGCCCUCGAGUUUGGUGUGCCUUUCAAGUUCCAGGCUAUAGCAGCAAAAUGGGAGACGGUCUGUGCCGAGGACCUCAACAUCGAUCCAGAUGAGGUGCUUGUUGUCCACAGCGAGUGCGAUUUCAGCAAAUUGAUGGACGAGAGUGUUGACGUGGACACCCCAAGCCCCAGAGAUAUGGUGCUCAACAACAUUCGAAAGAUACGACCCAACGUUUUCAUCCUGUUUGUCAUGAAUGGCACAUAUGGUGCUCCCUUCUUCCUGACACGGUUCCGGGAGGCAUUGUUCUUCUACUCAGCACUUUUUGACAUGCUGGAUGCAACCAUUCCCCGAGAUAAUGAUGAAAGGCUGCUGAUCGAGCGGGAUAUCUUUGGGCGAUCUGCCCUGAAUGUUAUCGCCUGUGAGGGUGCAGACAGGGUGGAGCGCCCUGAGACUUAUAAGCAAUGGCAGGUGCGGAACCACCGGGCUGGGCUCAAGCAGCUUCCAUUGAAUCCAGAGGUCGUAAAGAUUGUAAGGGAUAAGGUCAAGAACUAUUACCACAAAGACUUCCUUAUCGAUGAGGAUCACCGUUGGCUGCUGCAGGGAUGGAAAGGGCGGGUACUCUAUGCCAUGUCGACAUGGGUUGCUGAGGAUAAUAACAUCUUUUAGCUGCUUCACUUUGCCCCUUUUUGGAUUAUAAAUGCUAUUGAUGUUUGAUAGAUGGUCUAUGUUUUAUCACAGAAACUAUGAUCCAGCACCCGUGGUUCAGUGGAUUUCCUUUUCUAGAGGGUUUGGGUGCUGAAACUUAUAAGGUAGAAAUAAGUAGAUGCUUAGAGCUAAACAUAGGCUGUAGAAAUAAUUCUGGAUAUGUUGCAGAGUCGUGAUAUGUACACCAAAACUAAAAGCCCUGUAACUGAUAAGCAAUUUUAUGUAUCACAUAUUUGACCUUUUGCUGUUU